CCUGCAGCAAUCGGUCAUGCCGCGGCUGCGUGGAUGGCGCUUUAGGGAGCGAGAAGAUUCGUGAAUGUCGGUCAAGCCUCACCCCUCACGGCUAUAGCGCUACUUGACCCUACACGCUCACGACUCCUCACUCGACCUCAAGACUCAGGACUCAGGACUCAGGACUCAGGACCAGAAGUUGUAGGUGGUGCCAAGCAAGCGCAGAGCGCAGUCUGCCGCCGCGGAGUGUCCUUGCAUUCGCGACGCUUGCUUACUGCACAGCAUGCGCAACCUCGUCCUCCUCUCGUCGCCAUCCUACCUCACUACUGCUACCAGCACUCUGACUCAGCAUGGCCAGCCUUCAGCUUCAGCUUCGUCCUCUUCUUCGCCCUCGCCCUCGCCCUCGGGCAUCGCAGUGAGCAACGAUCGUUUGACAGUCAGUCCCACUUCCCACACGCUGUACUGGGCCACAUCAAGGCCAUCAACCACACAUGCAGGACUGGUCACUUUUGACGUGUACCAGCACUCGCAUGCGACGUCACAGUCCCAGCAUGAGGCAGUCGGCUCGCACCAUGCACGCAGCAUCUGCUCCUUUGCCGCUCCUGGCUCACCUCAAGGUACAGCCGAAAGAAGUCAAGUGCUGUCGCUGGCGUACCUCACCGAUAUCGCGCAAGACGGCUCUGAUGCGCUCAUCAUUGUAACUUCCGGUGGAGACAUUGGCGUGGUUGCGCUUCCAUAUCAUGCUUCAGGCCAAGGCCAGUCCCAGUCGCUUGCCUCCGCUCCACCGCCUCCUCCGGAAAUCGUGGGCAGCGUGGAGCAGGGCAUCCUUGCCGCCGCUUGGAGUCCCGACGAGGAGCGAUUGGUGCUGAUCACUGCAGCGUCGGAAGAGGAUGGGCCGGAAAAGAUGCUGGUGAUGAGCAGGAGUUGGGAAGUGGAGCACGAAAGCGUGCUCAUCUCCUCCGAUUUGGGCAAAGACACGUUUGUCAAUCUCGGGUGGGGAUCCAUCGAGACGCAGUUUCACGGUCAGGCAGGCAAGCAAGGCGCCGCUCUGGCAUCGCAGCAAGCCUUGGCAUCUGGCAGAAGUUCGUUCUUGCCGGAUGACGAUCUGCUUCCCCGCAUAUCCUGGAGGAGCAACAGCGAGUCAUUCGUAGUGUCGUGCAUCAACCAGCAGUCAUUCGGCGAGGGCCAAAACACUUCGUCUAGAGUGAUGAGGAUAUACGACAAGAGUGGCGUGCUGUCCACCACCAACGAGCCCGUCAAAGGGCUAGGCCUCAUCGCUGCUUGGAAGCCCAACUCGCUCUUGAUCGCUUCCGCACAACGUUUCGGCGAGGGUCCAAACCUGCAACCUGGUCGGCAGGGCCGACACGAUGUCGUCUUUCUGGAGAACAAUGGUUUGAGGCACGGAGAGUUUAGCCUGCGGGAAGACUCGCACUCUAUGCCCGUUGUUGGUCCUUUUGGAAGCCUGCCAUCUUCUUCCCUUCCUGACAGAAGCACGCCACACUCCAUCCAAGACCUCACUUGGAACUCUGAUGGUAGUCUGUUGGCGAUUCAUUUGGUCAGGAUGUCCUCAACAGCGGAAAAGCAGCACUUGCUUCAAAUUUGGUCGCCCACGAACUACUGCUGGACAUUGCGCCAAGAGCUCGAAGUUGCGCCUUGCGAACAAAUCAAACACUGCACUUGGCAUGGCGAAGAUGUCUUGUCUCUCCGUCUCCUGACCAGUCAAAGGGUCAUCUCGUACACUUUCAGCUUCGUCGAAAUCACUUCGAAUGAGGAAAUGCCGCACGACGCUGCUUGCGCUGCAGUCAUGGACGGGACCCAUCUGCGACUGACCCCGCUCAGAACGCGCAAUGUGGCCCCUCCAUAUGCCGCAUACACGUUGUCGAUUAGCGAAGCUGAGACCAACAAGGACUUCGGGCAACGAUCUGCCACUAUAAGACAUGUGGCCUGGUGCGACGACUCUACAGAAGACGCGUCACGAAGCAUUUUAGCCCUCCUGAUCUGCGGUCCUACGCGACGAUGCGUGUUGCUGUACGCGUGCGAAUGGGGCAAUCUCGCAAAGAAAGCUCCCCAAGGCGGCUGGCCGUUGCAUGCGCCUCGUUUGCUCGGCGAGGUGGCAUCCUUACCAUUCGAUGCAGAAGACGCAGCUGCUUCCCCUGGACUCUCAAGACAGGUGGCAGUCUCAAAACUCGGUGAUGGUGGCACGGCGAACUCGUUUCGCGUGGCGGUACUCGGCACAGACCGGUUAGGGACAUCAGACUUGCUUAGCUUGUGCGACGUAGAGAUGGAUGAGACACGACGCACCGCGACGCAGAGCUCGAUGAGAGAUUUAGGCCUGGGUGCCAGCGCCCCUCGCGUUCUUGCCCCAUGCCUGGGCUUUGAAGCUACGAGGGCCGGAGGUUUCUAUGUUCACAGUGCUGACGGCUCUGUCAAAGGCUUCUCUGGCCCCAUCGAAGGCGUCGAAGAACUAGACGCAGACAUGCAAAGGCUCACAGAAUGGUGUCCCUCAGUUUUGCAUAGGAGGAUCGCGCACAUUGCGGAAGAUGGGUCAGAGCAGGCUGUCGGCACCUCGAUAGAGAUUACGCUCGGCCUUUCGACGUCUGGCAAGCUCUACGCCAACGAAAAGUGCAUCGCUUCGGAUGCCACUUCCUUUGUCCUGAGCGGCGACACGCUGGUGUGGAGUACAUCGGCGCAUCGAGUGAAGUUUCUCUCCCUAUCUUCGUGUGUUCAAUCGAAAGAGAACGCGGAAGUCAUCUCGCAUCGCUAUGAUGCUUCUGAUGAAGAUAAUCCACUCAGUAGGAGGGUGGAGCGAGGGAGCAGGAUUGUGACUGCCAUUCCAAGCAGCAUGUCCAUCGUACUACAGAUGCCCAGAGGCAACUUGGAGACCAUCUAUCCGAGACCUCUGAUCCUGUCUGUGGUCCGCCAACACUUGGCGAGCUCGCAGUAUGGUUCGGCAUUCGGAAUUUGUCGGACGCAUCGAAUCGACUUGAACAUCAUUGCACAGCACUCGGCGUUGCUCAGCGAUCUCGAGCUGUUUGUGACACAGAUGGAGCACGAAGAUCACCUUAACUUGUUCCUCUCUGCUCUUUCAACAGACUUGCUUCACGCUGACAAGCUAAAUGAGCUGUGCGAGAAGAUGCGCGCCGUACUUGAUAGAAAGCCCCUAGGCAAGCGCUGGACGAACAGCUGUUUGGUCACCUUUGUGAAGCAGAGCCCUCCCAACUUUGAAGGCGCGCUACUUCGCCUUCGCGACAUACACGUGCAAGACGUCGAGGCGGCAAAUUCAGCAUGCCAGUACUUGAUUUUUCUGGCAGACGCGGACAAGCUCUAUCGAGCAGCGCUUGGUCUUUACGACUUUGUGCUGCCAUUGUUGGUAGCUCAGCACUCGCCACGCAAAGAUCCGCGAGAGUACCUCGAGGAGUUGCGGUCGAUUCGGGCAAUCGAAAACGUGCACUAUCAAAGAUACGACAUCGAUGAUAGGCUAGGCAGACACGGCAAGGCUCUGAGCUGGAUUGCCCGCGCGGGAGACGAACAUUACGAAGCUGCAGUGGAAUACGCGGACCGGCACAACCUGGAAAAGCAGGCCAUCGUUGCUUGGGCGCAUGAGCCUCGAAGACAAAGAGCCGCUUACGAGCGAUACGGCGAUGUUCUUGUGAACAAGCAAAAGUACUCGGAAGCUGGCGCUGCUUUCGUUCUUGCUCGGCAGAGGAACAAGGCGAUCGAUGCGUACAAGAGAGCAGACGACUGGCUCAACGCAUUUGCAAUUGCCGUAGAACCACCUCGCCUACCCUCCACAGAAAUUGAGCUACUUGCCGACAUGCUGACAGCAUCACUCAGUGACGCUGGCCGGUAUGAAGACGCUGCGCGCGUCGCCAUCGAGUAUGCGAAGGAUGUCGACCACGGCAUUGAGCUGCUCAGUACAGGACGCCAUUUCUCUGAAGCGCGUCGAAUGUGCGCUCAUCACAGCCGCAUGGAUCUUGUCGAGACUCAUGUCAAGCCGGCCACGCUUGAGGCGCAGACUACUCUGCUGGACGAUGUUGAAGCCAUGCACAAGCAGCUAGACACCACCUUGGUGCGCAUGGCAGAGCUGCGGCGCAAGAAGCGAGAGAGCCCGGAGGAAUUCUAUCCGGACGAUGGGCCUUCAGAUCCUCAAGCAGAUGGGCGCAGCGAUGCCUCGACGAGAAUAUCCGCCUUGUCGCGCUUCACGCGAUUCACGAGGUUCACGGCGUCUGCGGCUGGAAGCACGUCCAUCGCUGGGUCUGAUAUGAGCAACCUCACGGCAAAGCAGCGGAAGAAAGAAGAGAAGAAGCGAGUCACGGGAAAGAAAGGAAGCGUGUACGAGGAAGAUUAUCUGUUCGAGAGCUUGAAGAAGUUGCUCAGCAGCAGGUUGAGAGAGGUACAAUCGUCGACUGCUGCUCUAGUUCCACACCUCUUGGUGCUAUCGGGAGCCCAGCGCUCAGCAGCGAGCGUCUUGAGCGCAUCUUUGAGCAAGUUUGAGAUGGAAGCGCAGAGCAAAUUGCGAGACCUAAAGGACGCUCUGCUGGUAGAGUCUAGGGCGAUGGAAGAGAUGCGCUUGGAUGCGUUGAGGAGCAGCUCUGCGCAGGGAAUCGCGUUUGAAGAGUUGGCCGCUGCUGGCCUUUUUCAACCCUUGCCUAGGCGGGACGAGGUGGCGUUGUCGGAUGUCGAGUGGAGGAAUGUGGUCGAAGAGGCUGCGAAUGCUCGGUUGGAGAUUCAAGUCGACGUGUAGCAGCGAAAAUGCGUAAUGAUGAUGAAAAUGGCAGGACUGGUGGGCGUUACAUACAGCGCGUCGUCCGAUUGCGCCAUGACGGCUGCUGACAUCGUGAAGGCACCCGCCAGGAC